CUCUCCACGCUCCUCACAUCUCAUAGAGGUGUUAUUGCAUUAAGAAUAAACCAGCUAAGCGAUCAAAUACCCGAAUGGAGUUUGCCUUUUCACCCUUUGGCUACAAAUCUUCGAUUGGCAAUAGAAAAAUACAGCAGACAUCCGAAGCGCACUUUGGUUAUUUCGGAACGCGUCGAGAACUGGAUUUCUAGCUUACUGAUAGCCAGCGUUACGUUUGUUGCGAAAGCUGACCGGGAGUAUUUGGGUGGAUUACGAUGUUAUUGUUCAUCAGGGGCACUUGAGCUGGGUGUUCGGGAGAGUUUUGAAUGCGGCCUCGCUGCACUGAGAUCCGGACGCGUUGAGAACAGGGAGUCGGUGACACGGAGUCCUCAUGGCGCAACGGUACGAGGAUCUGGUCCAUUACGGAAUGGAUGCGGUCGGGAUCCCGUCUCCGAUGUACGGGGAUCCUCACGCGGCCAGAGCGAUGCAGGCGGUGCAUGUGAGUCACGGCCUGCCGCUUCACCAGUACGCGCACCCCGCGGCUCCCGGUGUCCCUUCGCCCGUUAACGACGCACUAAAACGGGAUAAAGACGCCAUUUACGGGCACCCUCUCUUUCCUCUGCUUGCACUAGUUUUCGAAAAAUGUGAAUUAGCGACUUGUACGCCGAGAGAGAGCGGAGUGACUGGCGACGUCUGCUCGUCUGAGUCCUUUGACGAAGAUAUUACAGUAUUUUCAAAGCAGAUAAGGGCUGAAAAACCUUUCUUCUCGUCGAAUCCAGACUUGGAUAAUUUGAUGAUUCAAGCCAUACAAGUGUUACGAUUUCAUCUGCUCGAGUUAGAGAAGGUGCAUGAGCUGUGUGACAAUUUCUGUCACCGCUACAUCAGCUGUCUGAAGGGGAAGAUGCCCACUGAUCUGAUGGUGGAUGAUAAAGAGGGGGGAUCCAGAUCUGACGGCGAAGAGUUUACACGCACUCCAGGCGGGACAGACCCGGCGUUCUGGAGGGAGGACGACGCUGCAUCUGUUCAUUCUUCUGAAGCUCCUGCGGCCUGCGGCAGACGGCCCGGCUCACACAAUGGAGACAACAGCAGCGAGCACGGUGACUUUCUGGAUCACAGUGUUGCGUCUCCAAGCACAGGAGAGGAGGAAGACCCUGAUAAAGAGAGGAAGAACAACAAGAAAAGAGGCAUUUUUCCCAAAGUGGCAACCAACAUCAUGAGGGCAUGGCUGUUCCAGCACCUCACGCACCCGUACCCCUCUGAGGAUCAGAAGAGGCAGCUGUCCCAGGACACUGGACUGACCAUCCUGCAGGUCAACAACUGGUUUAUCAACGCCAGGAGAAGAAUAGUCCAACCGAUGAUCGACCAGUCCAACCGCGCAGUAGGUCACGGUGGCCCGUACACUCCUGAUGGUCAGCCAGUGGGUGGUUUUGUAAUGGACGGGCAGUCACACAUGGGCAUCAGACCAUCAGCGGCUCUGGGUGGUCUUGGGGGAGUGAAUAUGGGGCUGGAGAGUCAGUGGCACUACAUGUAAACAAACCCCUGGCAUCCUUCUGAACACAGCAGAGCGGAGAGUCAGGCUUUUUGGCGACAGGAUCGAUCCUUUGCUCAAGUACUGGGAUUU